UUGCUAUUGUCUCGCUUGGCUGAAAGACCCACGCGAGGUCCCGAAACACCACGGCCAGCGCGAACCACUCCACGAUCUGUUCCAUUCUGGUGACAGCUCAAGAACCUGUCACAAGACGGGACUAAGAGGACCGGCUUUCGAGAAGAUUUCCUCCGGUAAAAGGGCAAACUGGACAGAAAGGGCACACAAACCGUGAAAUAGAUGUUUCUAUCUAAAAAUCUAGAGCUCAUUACUUAAUGGUGCUGCAGGAGUCGGACAAGUGUGGCUAACUUUGGACUCAUUAUCGUCGCAGUUUUAUUUGUUUGCAACUUUAACCUGAAUCGCAUUAUUACGAAACGAAGCUAUUAAUUCAUUGGACUUGAACAGUAUAUGAUUUACCGAAGCAUUCUUGUGGUGGACCCAGUUUGCUGAAAGUGUGCAUUGCUCGUGGAGCGGACUCUUGUAAAGUGCACGUUCAAGGUUACUAAUCAAGCAACGGUUUGCUGUUAAUUAAAUGAGAUGUGCGCUCCCGUGAGCAGCCCCCACUGCAGAUAACCAUAGCGCAACACGCAAGUAAAGGUGGCACCGUCAGCGGCGUAAAACAAUUUGAAGGAGUAAGCUGUAUGGACUUACGUGGUGACAGGCGAAUAAAGACAACUCACCGACGUUCAUGGAGGGUCGCUGCCUGUGACUGUAAAUCUGGGAUGGAGCGCUUUUGCAGGAGGCAAGUGCCCUCUUGAAGACUGAUAGCGUCAUUGCGAGGGAAUAGUGUAUUGCAGAGAUUUUAUAGAGCUUUUAAACUAACGCUACUGCGAGUAAAAACUCGCCUGAGACGUCUUUGCUCCGUUGGGAUUGAACCGCGACGAGCGGAGGGCCCAGACCAUGGCCUCCAGCUCACGGGACAGCUGCUUGUGGUUGCUCUGGAGACGGACCGUCCUCGCGCUGUGGCUGUGUGCCGUGGGAGCGCGUGGAGCGGACGAUGAAAGCGCCUUCAACGCAGAGGCAUGGCUGAAGAUGUAUGGUUACCUUCCCCAGGCCAGCAGACAGAUGUCGACCAUGCGAUCAGCUCAAAUCCUGUCCAGUGCCAUCAGUGACAUGCAGCAGUUUUAUGGUCUGGAGGUCACUGGACAGAUGGACCCUCAAACCAUCAGUGCCAUGAGGAGACCCCGCUGCGGUGUGCCUGACAAGUUUGGAGGCCAGAUCAAAACCAAUGUACGGCGGAAACGGUACGCCCUCACCGGACACAAGUGGAACAAAGGCCAUCUAACUUACAGCAUUCAGAACUACACUCCCAAAAUUGGAGAGUAUAACUCAUAUGAAGCCAUCAGGCGGGCCUUUAAAGUCUGGGAGAGUGUUACCCCAUUGACCUUUGAUGAAAUCCCCUACCAGGAGAUCAAAUAUGGACGCCGCAAAGAGCCCGACAUCAUGAUCUUUUUUGCAUCAGGUUUUCAUGGAGACAGCUCUCCUUUUGAUGGCGAGGGGGGCUUCCUAGCUCAUGCCUACUUUCCUGGACCUGGAAUGGGUGGUGACACACAUUUUGACUCUGAUGAACCAUGGACCAUAGGGAACCAGAACGUACAAGGUAAUGACCUCUUCCUGGUAGCAGUCCAUGAGCUGGGACACGCCUUGGGUUUAGAGCACUCCAACAACCCCCUGGCUAUCAUGGCUCCAUUUUACCAGUGGAUGGAGACUGAGAACUUCCAGCUUCCUGAAGAUGACCGGCGGGGCAUACAGCAGAUUUAUGGUCAGCGAGAUGGUGGCCCCACACAGGCCCUACCCACAGUGACACCGCGCCGCCCGGAGCCCAGGCCGCCUCAGACACCUCCUCGGCACCCUGACCGCCCCAGGACCACUGAAAGACCAGACCACUAUGGACCGAAUAUCUGUGAAGGGAACUUUGACACGGUUGCUAUGCUCAGAGGAGAAAUGUUUGUUUUCAAGGGCCGUUGGUUCUGGCGGGUCCGACGGAACAGGGUUCUCGAUAACUACCCGAUGCCCAUCGGUCACUUCUGGAGAGGUCUGCCCGGAGACAUAGAUGCUGCCUAUGAGAGACAUGAUGGCAGGUUCGUCUUCUUCAAAGGAAACAGAUUCUGGCUUUUCAGGGAGGCUAACCUUGAGUCAGGCUAUCCACUUGAGCUGGUUGACUAUGGUCAAGAUAUUCCCUAUGACCGGAUAGACACAGCGAUCUGGUGGGAGCCAUCUGGCUACACUUACUUCUUUCAAGGAGACUGGUACUGGCGGUUCAACGAGCAGUCCCGCUCAGCUGACAGAGGCUACCCAAAGCCAAUCAGUAUCUGGGGAUCGUCAGUUCCCUCUUCUCCCAAAGGGGCUUUUCUUAGCGAUGAUGGAGCAUACACCUUCUUCUAUAAGGGCUCCAAGUACUGGAAGUUUGACAACCACCGCAUGAAGAGUGAACCAGGCUACCCAAAGUCCAUCCUGAGAGAUUUCAUGGGCUGCAGCGUGGAUCUAGAUCCUGAUAGAGACACAGAUACAGACGCAGGGCGCAAGUACCCAGAUGUAAACCGUCCACCCUUCAACCCAGACGCAGGACGUGACGCUGAUAAGGGCAAAGAUCGGGAUGGAGCAGAUCGCGGAGGAACGGACAAAGACACAGGCAAAGGCAAAGAAAACAACAAAGACGAAGACUAUCACGAGGGUCGGGAGGAAGAGACAAAUGAGGUGGAUGUGGUGUUGAAGGUGGAUGACAACGAAGAGCGGACCAUGAACAUCCUGAUGGUGACCAUCCCGUUGGUCCUGGUGCUGUGCAUCUUGGGACUGAUCUAUGCCAUCAUUAACACGCUGCAGAGCAAAGGAGCGCCACGGCUGCUGGUGCAUUGCAAGCGCUCGCUGCAGGACUGGGUCUGACCCCUGACAUUAAGGGACACUGAACUCUGAACUUGAGUCAGACCUUAGAUACCCUCCUCGUCUAAAACUGCCCUCUACCCAGUGAUCUAUUUGUCUCAAGUCUCUGUGCUCAGUGGCUCCUGCAACUCUUAGUACAUGUGGUAGUUGAUCCAUGCAAAUACUGUACAGAUACAGAGGCACACACAAACUAGAAGCAAUCCUAAAUCAUGUCACAUUUACACACACAAACAUAAACAUACAUGUACACAUACACACACUGCCCUAACCUCCUCCCGUUUCCCAUGGUGCUCUACAAUGCGUCGACUGUAGUCUAUUUAUAUGAGAGAAGUUUGCACAUAGUUUUUUUCUUGUUUUUGUUUUGGUUCAUUUUGUGUGACUUUUUGUUUUUGUUAUUAUUGUUUCUAAACCAGGAAGGCUGUUGUGUUCUCUCUUCCGUGUCUACACCGCCCUCCUCCUUCCCAUAUUCUCGGUAGGGGCUUUUUCCUGAUAACUUGACAUCUGCUUAUGCUAUCUCAGUUGCCUCGAAGGAGGAAAUGCAAAGGGUUACAAAAGAUUUGGAGGACACACAUAGCGUUGAGUAGUGUCUUUUUCCUUCCUCUCAUCCACUCUAUCUUCCAGCUUUAUCUUUGCAAGGCAGCAUAGUUUAUGGGGGCGGAGCAUACAACAGACCUGUCAUGAGACCAGCUAUUAUUAUCUUUUGGCUCCAUUUAAUGGUGAUUAGGAAGAGCCUGUAACUAAACUUAGAGUGAUUUAUUUUUAAUGGGAACUUCUAUGGUUUGAAAGGAUUAUUACAGCCUCAGUCUUAUUUUUCAGUUAGAGCCAUUCGUGUUUAUGAAUAUGUUUAACUGUGUAUUUACCACACAAAUUGCUGAGAUCUGGGAAUAUUUGGAUAUUGCCAAAAACUAUUUUGUUUUCUUUAGGCAAGCCUCCAGGUUUGCCAGUCGUUCCAGGUUGUUCUACCACACUUAAGCCAUGCAGUGAUGGAUUACUUGCAUUUGGUGUGUCUCCAUUUUUAGUUUAACUCCAAACAAAGAGCUAAUAAAUAAUAGAUUGGUAGAUUCAUUUGAAAGUCAGUUCCAAGGCAUUAUCAUUUGUCAGUGACAUUUUGGAAAGUAAAUUCUUUGCUUUUUUGUGGAGAAUUAGGAUGUCAGGAUCAAUAACCCUCUCAUGCUGACACGAAGUUAGCUUAUCUUAGCUUAAAGAAUGGAAGUAGAUUCUCUGGAUCUAUUUGGGCUUCUAAAUUGUACUGUAUCUGUGUCCUUGUUUUUUUUUAACGUUUGGACAGAAUCUGACUUAUUGAUUUGUUGCAGUAUGCAGGCUUUAUGCCGGGCAUAGACAACCAGCUCUUUGCUCAAGCUUCAUUUUUUGCCAUCCAAAUCACUUCACUAAACCACAAAAACAGACAAAGAAAAACAAAUAAAAUAACCAUAUUUUUGUAUGUCUAGCUAAUAACGUUGCUUCCUCCAUCCGGCUUAGUUCCAGCCAGUUUACAGCAGUCCCAGAUAUAUUAUCAGCAAUUACAUAUGAAUACAAUCUUAACAUAAGCCUUAAAAAUAGAAAUGAUGGCUACAAAUAAGACUCAAGCUGUAAUAAAUUGUAAUUAUCCUUUAAAUCCUACCACUACAAAAGCCUUGUAUUCUUUCUUUAUCUUUUGCUCACACAGUUGGACAAUAGGUUUACCUUCUUUCUUUCCCUUAUUUGGAAACUAUUUAAAGACCUCUUUGGCUCAAAGGCUGAAGAGACUUUUAAAGGGACCUCUUCCCUUUGCUUUCAAUUAUGGGACUAAUUCACAGACUGCCUCUUUUUGUCAACAAUAAGACCUUCUCUGCAUGCUACAGAGACAGACUAAUGGUUAAUGUAAGGAGUCAGCUCACUACGAAAUAACACAGGAGAGGGAGCAUUCAUUGUACUUGUGUGCAUAUAAACAUAAAACAAGGAGGAAACAAAGCAACACUGUGGCCUUUAACUUCAGAACAGGAUGUAACUCUAUAAAUGCAACACAGCGGUUCCAGGCAGGUUGAAGCUAACUACCAUGCAGUUCAUAAUGGGCAUUUUACUGCUUGUGUUUUUAAAAGGACAGUUUAAAAACCAAAGGGAUGACCUGGGAUGUUUCUGUUGUAAAGAUAGUAAGAACCGGGUUUGGCUCAGGCCUGCAGGCUCAUGUGAGCACAGACUAAUCCUCCUCAUCAAAUACCAGCAGGUGCGUGCAAAUGCCGGUACCCCUUGUGACCUCUUAACUAAACCUUGAACUCCUCAAAUCAAAACGCUCUCUGCUCUCUUUUCAUCUUGCAAGAACAGAGAAGGGAUUAGGGGUGCAGGGAAAAACAUUUUCCUGAACCAUGCAUUAUAUCAGAAGCAUAACAGUGUUUGACAUUCAUGUUAGCCACUGGUUUUUAUACAUACCGUAACUAACUGUAAACUAUUUAACAACACAAACAUUGUCACAAAAUUCUGCUUCUUGAUUGUGGAAACCAAUGGUCAUCAUGGAAACAUACAUUUAAAAUAUGGAGGACAACAGCACGAUUUGCAAAAUAGUUGGUGAAAAUGCUGUGGAUCUCGUUAUCAUGAAUUUAAAUCAUCAUGAUGUUAAAACAGGCUAACAGCAAACCACCAUCAAAUAUUUACACUUCAGAUAUGAAUGGGAGGGAGGCUUCUCUGAGGUAGCAUUUAGAAGUAAGCUCCCUGUGAUCGGGGUGGGGGGGCUCAGACAGCUUGGAUCAGGUUACACAGAUGUGGAUGGGGAGGGUGAGGAGAUUCUGAAUUUCCUGCAGCUGAGAAUAGGGGGAGGGCAGGGAGGGGGGAGGAGGAGGGCUAACCUCGGCUCUCUGAGUGUGCAAAGUUUGGAUCACAAGAGUAAGGAGGGGUGGGAGUGAGAUGAAGAGAGAGAGAGGUCUGGCAACGGCCCUUGUGACCCAAAUUCUCCUGCUAACUCAACUACAGCGCUGGCCAAAGAGGAAACUUUAGCUUACAGUAGGUGACAGACCUUUUUUUAGGAAGGGCUGUCAAAGUGUGUUGUAUAUAUUUGCAUAGGUCUCACAGUGGCCGGGGUUCAGCUUGUAUGUUGACACAUUCACAACGCUGUUUUUCUGUUACUGUCCUUCGCUAGGUGGAGACAGGCAAAAGUGACAUGCUUAAGCAGACACAAUUGAAAUGAACAGGACAUGUAAAAAGAAGGAAGGGAGGAGCAGAUCAGCCUUCAGCAGACGUCUUGGAGAUUGAUGUGAGGCAGGUCGAUAGCGGUUGCCAGGAAACGCUGUCCCUGUGUCCAUCGUUCACCUCCCCAUCGUCAUGGUUUUAUGGGGGAGGGGUGGGGGGUUGGCGGACGCGGCUAAUCAGUGUUAAAAGCACCCCCACCCUCUUCUCCUCUCUCUUGUCCUCUUCCUGCUCUUCCACCGGUCGUACGGGCACAUCGGUGUGUGCUCAGACAGCCGAGCGAGCGUCUGGACAGGCUCAGAAUCUGCAGACUCACUGCACUGGACACAAAGUUGUAUAUGGAGUUCUUUUUUAUCGAGCCUCCUUUUAUCCUCUGUAACCUCCAAACACACAGCCCACGGGGAGUUAACCACUUCAAAGCUAAAGUAACCACUUCAGAGUUGAAAAGGUUGAGUGCACCUGACUUUACUUGACUUGAAAUUCUGGUGAUUCAGCAGUUUCAGAGAUUUUUAGUGAGACGAUUUUUGACGAGGACUGAAUUUAGUACGGUGCAUUGUCUCAGGACAGCAGGCAGAAGAGAAGUGUUGAAAGGUUGGGGGAGAAAUCUGUCAGGACUGAUUGAUGCAUGUUUGUUUGUGUGUGUGUGGAGGUGUUCAGUUAAUCAGCUCUACUCUCCAUUUGCGAGGCCUGUUUUCUGACUGUAAAUCUCCCACACUCUCUCUAUGCCCACCCCUCUGCACACUCAGCCCAGCCCUCUUAAACCCGAGGGGAUCAUAAUAACAACAAUGGCCUUCUCUCCGUCUCUCACAGUCUCUAGCGCUCUCUUUCUCCUCUCCCUGUUUUCUCCCUCCCUAAUACACACGCACACAAACACAUUAUUGUCUUCCCUAGCCUCACCUUCCUCCCUUCGCACCCCACCACUUCCGCCCAAGGUUCAGCCUCACACAGCAAAGUCUGUUUUUAGAUCCACCUCCUUGUUCAGCAACAUUUAAAACUGUGGAUGGAUUAAAACACGACCUGUCAGGUUUUGAGUUUCUCCAAAGCAGACAUAGCACCUGAAUAUCACAUUCAGUUUUAAUGCUGCAAAUGCUGAGGUUCUUUUAUGGUAAUGCCUUCUCCAUUUUGCAGUACACACCCUUGAUGAAGUUUAGGUGAGGUUAGGACAUGCUGAGCUGGUCUGAGCUUUCAUCUCUCUCAGGAUGUGUUUCUCUAAACACUGCAUGCUAGGCUUUCCUGAUUCUGUCAUGAUGUUUUGGCGCUUAUGACGUUCUUUCUUGUGACUACCGAGCAUAGAAGUUAAAAGCUCCACACUCAUUCAGAACCAGGUAUUCUUGUAGCUGUGUUUGUAAUGUGCAGGCUGUGCACCUUUUAUUUUUCAGCUUCUCACUGUCACCAGAUAUCCCUUUCUUUAAACGAAAUAUUUUGGACAGGACAGACUGUGUUCUGUUUCAGUUUCACUUCGUGGCUUACAAUGACUUGAACCCAAAGGAUUGUGGGUUGCCCACUAACCCACUAACUUUAAAUCAUCACCCGCCAGAAGAAAAAAUGGCUGACAAUUGUCUUUCAGCGCCUGUGUCGUCGCUUUGCCCUGGACAUGUGCAUUGGAUCAUGACACAGGCAUUGUAACUGCUGAGCUGACUACUUUAGAAGACUGCCCCCACCCACUAACUGGAGCUUCAGUAGAGAGUAGAUUUUGUUGGAUUCAGUCAACUCUUCACUGACCAUCCUUCGUGGAACUUCUCACACUUGGCUCUUUUCAACUUCUCUUUCCAUUACCACCUGAGUAAUGAUUCAAUGAUUUUCUGAAAAAGAAAAAAAAAAGAAUAAAGAUACCUGCGCCAUCAUCCUGGCCUAUUGGCCACAGAUAUGGUAGAGGGGGAAAAAAACAACAUAAAAAUGUAGGAAUUCAGUAGAACAAAUGAAAUUGUUGUUUGUCAUUGAUCAUUUGUCUUAUUUUGAUUUGAUUUUGUGCCGAUUUUCUCUCUCAAAACUUGAUUUAUUUUUCGUUAAUAACAUUCCAAUUGUUUUUUUGUUUUUUUUUGAUUGGUUGUUAGUAUUUUUUUUCUUAGAAAAUGUAAGGUUUUAUACAUUUGAGUUGUGUGUUCACCUCUAGUUGAGUGUGUUAACAAGCCAUGCUGGACAUGUACACAUUAAAAACUGCUCUGAAAAGUC